GGCAAAGCUGGCGCUGAGGCCGGGCGGGGAGGCGGCCGGCGGCUGGCUGCCUGUGCUGCUUCGCAUUGGCUGUGUUGGCUUGGUGUUUGCGUGCAAUGCAGUGAUGUGGACGGUCUUUGCAAAAGCCCUGCGACUCUCCUCUUCCUCGGCCUCUGCCUCUGUGACGAUGACAGCCUCCAAUUUCAUCUCUUCGGCUGUCCUGGGCAAGCUUCUCUUUGGGGAGACGUGGACGCCUCUGUGGUGGGUCGGCCUUGCCACGAUGCUCUGCGGCCUCGUGCUGCUGCACACGGCUGCACCCCGGCUGGCGCAUCUCCCAGUGGAGAAGAAGGAGGCGUGAUGUCUGCCAGCGGGGGCAUGGCGCCAUGCCACCCCUUGUCCCUUGCCAGCCUGCCUCAUGACAGCAUCCCCAGCCCCCAGCUGACUCCAAACACGCCGGCCAUGGACCUGCUAACCCCAGCUCACCUGCUGAUCUGCUGACUCGCAUCUUUCCUGUCAGGUUGGCAGUGGUGUGGUGGCAGUGACAGCCUCAGAGGGAGCUGGUCCACUCUGAGUCAGUAUUGUGGAAAUCAGGGCCAGAGGCUUAUCAGCCGCUCCUCCGCUUCACACCCUGCAGCUGCAGAGCUUUCCCAGUUUGGAGAAAGCUGAAAGUAAACAUGGUGUCUGUGGAAGGUGGCUGUGCAUCAGUACUUUUCCGUAAGAGGACCUGUCUUGAAAUAGAAAAUUAAUCAGAAGUCAAGCAUUGGAACAGACUGCCCACAGAAGUGGUUGAGUCACCAUCCCUGAAGGAGCAGACUCCCUCUGUGGUGCUGGGUUGGGUGCAGAGUGAUAUGAUUUUCAUUCCCUUUGGAGGUAAAUGCCCAAAGCUAGUUAUCUACAUCAUUAACUUCAGGUCAAAAAAUCCUCUUUCAAGGUUCAUUGAGAAGGAAACAAUGGAAUUUCCUAAUAAUUUUACUGGCAUCAAUCACACCUCUGGUAUUUGCCUGUGAGAAACUCAUUACCAAGUAGCUGGGACCAGACAACUUGGGAUAAGUUAAGAUCUGGGCUUGGCCACCUUGCAUCAACUCCGGACAUCCAGUUGCCUGCCACAACUUGACUCAUGUAAAAUUAGAAGAGAAUCUGCCUGCUGGAAACAUGGGAUGCCCUCGGAGUAUAGCUGACAGGCCACUGUCAUGGCCCAUGGUUGGCGUACAUGAGUAAGAAGUGACCAGAUCAACCCCCCUUCCAGCAGCACUAUCAUGUCAGGAUCAUUUUGUCGACAAGAUGCGUCUUGCUACUAGGAAAUUCCUAACGACUGAGAUACAAGCUUAAUGAAAUGGCUGUGAUUCAGGAAGGACUCGACACGUACUAGAUGGUACACGUGGGAGCAGUCCUGCUGUGGUCAGUGGAAGGCACCUUCUCGCCGUGGUGCCCCUCAGGACCCAAACAUGGGCUGUAUGCGUGUGUACCUUGGCAGAUGCACUGCCCACCCUCAGCACCUCAGAGCAACUCCAGUGGGCAUCUGGGAGGAUGAUGGCACUUUUCCAGAGAGCCAAAAAGAAAACCUGUGGUGCUUUUGUUCUGUGUUUUAAUAUUUUGAGUGUUACUCCAACUGGACAUGGAAAAAAAAAAAAAAGACAGAACAGAAACAACUUGAAGCCUCAGGUGGUUAUAAAAAAUAUAGGUCAGUACAUAGCUAUUAUAAAAGUCAGUUUCUCCAGAACUAGACAUGGGGUCGCAAGUGAAUAAAACUGUAAAGUGGUUGCUCUUCAUGUCAUUCCUACCUGGCAUUGAUAUCUGUCGUCAUGCUCUGGAACUUUGACUUCUUGUCGGUUUUGAUACACAAAAUAAACAAAACCUGAGACAAAGGAAAAGCUUGUAAAUAGGGGAGCAGCCCUAUUUACAGGCUUAGGGGAAUUCCGAUUUUAUUUAUUUGCAUUUUAUUACCUUCUUAUGCCAGCUGAUAAGGUGACAUACUGUGAAGCAGAUAGAUGCAGAUAAGGCUGAUAGCCUCUGGUGUCUGAUUUUGCAAGCUGUGAAGUGAGUCGCUGAAGUAAUUGGCAAUAGGCUGGAGAUUGCCUGUGAAAAAGAUACCAUCUCUUGCUCUGUUAAUUAGAAGAGUAUACUUUUAUGAGACAGAUUGAAGUGAUUAACUGUUGUAACUGUUUGGGGAAAAAAAAAUUGGAAGGGCUGGUAUUUUUCAUAGCUUCACCAAAGAGGAGAGAAAAAAGCCAUGCUGCUGAACCACAGCCAGCCACUCUGGCCACUCUGACCAGCAAAGGCAAAAGGAGAUUUGCCUGGAGGGAGGACAGAGAUCACCAGCUGACAACAUGAAACAAGAUGAAACCCUGUCUUUGAAAAACAUUCCUGCAGUUUAAGUUGAAAUCCCCUUUCUCAGACCCUGCCAACACUGUCUCAGAGGAUAUUGCAGUUCAAUGGCCUUUCCUGGCAGGGCAAGCUUGUACCAGCCAGGGGAGGAGCUCAUGUAGGAGUGCUUGUACCAUAUGCCAAGUUUAGUGCCACCGAAUUGAGAUACUACCAGUGCAUAGAAAAAAAAUAAUGCGAGCAAGCAAGCCCAGCAGCUGCACAAAGUGAAAGGAGAACUGAAAGCUAGAUGCUGUCUGUUGACAUAAACCAAAAAUUCCUGUAGACCGUGAAAAGGUCAGCCGCCUUCCAAGAUGGAGUAAGUUCAUGGCAGGGCAGAACCCACACCCAUUUAACUUCUACAAUCUUUCCUUGAACUCUGAGGUUCAAAGUGAGGGUCAGAACAUGCACACUGUUGAAAUCAGCCUUUUGCAUAACCCUAUAGGAUUGGAAAUAUGACUGUCCCUGGUGAGCACAUGCCCUGCCUCCGCUACAGACCUAAAAAAAUUUUUUCAGGAGCAAAGUGUUACUGACAUCAACCUCUUCCUGUUUGCAAAAAUUUGUAGGUUUUGCUGUAGGACUACUGUGUCAACACAAUUUAAGCUGCCUCCAACCAAGCAUGGAAUGAUAUAUGUAGAUAUAUAACAAGUUGAGACUGGAUUAGAAAGCUACUGUCAGUGACUUCAGAUCAAGUGGAUUACUCUGUUGCUGCAAUUAAGUGGAAACCAGUAACAUACAUCAUCAGUGUUCAGAUUACAUGUAUUAUUGGUUGUAUUAUUGUACUGACAUUCCAGGUAUGCUUUACUUGAUCCCGUGCUGUCUCUAAACAACAUCUUUCACCCUCCAGGAGGAAAGAAAUGCAGAGUAAAAGCAACACUGAAAGAAGCCAGUGGCAGAGGCUACUCAGGAGCUGGGAAGCUGCUGGCAUUGCAGGCACCUCGGGUCAAAACACCAACAAGAACCAUGAGCAGUAACUCUGGGAGCGAUCUGAAGGUCACUGGGAUUGACUUUCUCAAGAGCCAGAACACCCUCCUGCACCACACGGAUGAGUACAAUAUUGAGAACCUGGUGGUGCGGCGUGGGCAGCCCUUUCUGCUGCAGCUCAGCUUCAGCAGGGAGCUGAAGGCUGCUGACAAGCUGUCACUGCGUUUCGGCAUCGGUGAGAAGCCAAUGAAAACCAGAGGGACCCUGAUGUCACUGAGCAUGAAGCAGGAGAAGGAUCUCAGCGGGUGGCAAAUCUCCAUCGUCAAGAACAGCGGCAAAGAGUGCCUGCUGUCUGUCACCAGCUCGCCCAGGGCCCCGGUGGGAAAAUACGUCCUGAAUGUGAAGACUGGGACUAACAUUUACAAACCCCCAAAUGGUCCUAUCUACCUUUUGUUCAAUCCUUGGUGUAAAGACGAUGUUGUCUUCCUGGAUGAUGAGGCGCAGAGAAAGGAGUACGUGCUCAAUGAUACAGGCUGCAUCUAUGUUGGGUCUGCGUAUCGCAUAUACGAUAAACCCUGGAAUUUCGGGCAGUUUGAGGAAUUUGUCUUGGAUGCCUGCAUGUAUCUGCUGGACAAUAGCAAACUCAAGCUGAUCAAUAGAAGUGAUCCUGUGUCUGUGUCCCGAGUCAUGUCUGCUUUGGUUAAUGCCAAUGAUGACAGAGGUGUCCUGAUGGGGAACUGGUCAGGGAUUUACAACAACGGGACCUCCCCUGUGGAUUGGAUUGGGAGUGUCUCAAUUUUGCAGCAGUAUUACAAAACAAAGAAGCCGGUCUGUUAUGGUCAAUGUUGGGUCUUUGCAGGAGUCCUCACUACAGUCAUGCGCUGCUUGGGGAUCCCAUCCCGCUGUGUGAGUAACUUCAACUCAGCACACGAUACAGAGGAGAACCUGACAGUUGACAUUUACAUGGAUGAAUACGGAAGAAUCGAGAACGGGAUAUCCUUUGACUCUGUCUGGAACUUCCAUGUGUGGAAUGAUGUCUGGAUGAAGCGGACAGAUCUGCCAGAGGGGUUUGAUGGCUGGCAGGCAAUCGAUUCAACCCCUCAGGAGCAAAGUGGAGGUAUUUUCCAGUGUGGUCCAUGCCCGCUGAAGGCUGUCCGAGAAGGGGAUGUGUAUUUGCCCUUCGAUGGCAAAUUUGUGUAUGCAGAAGUGAAUGCUGACAAAGUCUACUGGAUGGUCAAAAAAGUGAACGGCAAGGAUAAGUACAUCAAGCUGAACACGGAGACCCAAGACAUUGGUGUAAACAUAAGCACAAAAGCCGUUGGGCAGGACAAGCGGGAAGACAUCACUGCGCAGUACAAGUUCCCUGAAGGCUCCAAAGAGGAAAGGAAGGCCAUGGAGAGAGCUUUGUCCUUCAUACGCCCUUCAGGACUGACACCUCGUGCACACAUGCCUUCAGCUAUGCCCAUGGCUGGUGCACUCUCCCAGCCUGCGGCCCUGUGUGUUGCAGUUUCCAAGACUGGGGUCCAUCUUGAGAUAACCAAUAAAGAAGCUUUGUACCCUGGCAAUCCCCUUGAACUGGUUAUCACAGUGAAGACCUCAACUCCUGGGACCCGGACCAUCGAUCUUGCUGGCUCCUGCCAGCUGCAGUCCUAUACUGGGAAAGUUGAGGCCAGCCUUGGAUGUGUCAAGGAGACAAUCAAGCUGGAAGGCAAAUCUGAGAUGCAGGUCCCUCUGAAAAUUGCAGCCGAUGCAUACAUGAAGACUCUGUCCUCGGUGGAAGAUGAAGUACUCAUCCACAUCACUGCCAUUGCCGAGGUCCAGGGGACAGAUUACAAACUCACCCAGGACACAACAAUGAGAUUUGAGUACCCUCCCAUCACCAUCCAGAUGCCAGAAACAGCCAAACUGAACAAGGAGUUCACCUGUGCCUUCAUCUUCAAGAACAACCUGAACGUGCCCCUGGACAACUGCAAGCUGCUGGUAGAGGGCUUGGGCAUAUUUAAGAUGUCAACAUUUGAUCAGGGGGAUGUAAAGCCUGGUAGGAUCAUUAAGUCUGAAAUAACAUGCACUCCGACAAGACUAGGAGAGAAGAAAAUAAUAGCCAAGCUGAUCUCGACCCAGAUCAAAGGGAUCUCUGCAAUGAAGGCCAUCACCAUCACUGAGUAGGACCGGUGCCUCUGCGGGGUAUAAACGGUGGCCUCACUAAAUGUGCAGCACCGCUGGGUGUUGGGCGCUUCUUGCCUCCUUAAUUGCUGAUCAGUAAUCUAGAAGUAAAGAGCAAAAAUCCCAUUAAGCUAAGGACAUUAAACUGACUAAAAAGGCACAGUUGCAUUGAUUGCAGUUAAUU